CGUGACAACCUUAAUUGGCUUCGUGUGCUUGCGUGCGUGCAUGAGUGCACGCCUGUGAUCGGUUGAGGAAGAGCAUCAAACGGGGAAAGAACCAUCUCAUGAGGAACGUAUGCAUGAGGAAGAAAAGGGUGUGUGUGCGUGUCUGUGUGGGUGUGUGUAUUUUUAUUCUUUUGCUUCCUUGCUGGUACAGUGUGAGCACACAUUUUAGCAACUUCCUCAUAUGUGUGAUCAUUCUGAGAGAGACACACACACAGAGGAGGACACACUCUCUGUCUCUCUCUCUCUCUCUCUGGCUGCUGAAACUGAAUCAGGGAACCCGCCUCCUCAUGCAAUUUCUUCCACAAACAGUGGAAACCAAAAGAUAGACUGAAGGCGGAUUCCCCCAUUGAGGCAUCAAGAGCAGGACAACCCCUCUCUAUCUAACCCACUCCUCAAACCUCAAACCCACAUACACAGAACACGUGGGCAACCAGAAAAGUAGUAGCAUCGGACUAGCAGACGCACACCUGAGAACACGUACAAGACACACAGACAUGGAGCGUGAGCAGAACAAAGUGAAGCGUUUCCUCAAGCUGGGUUACUCCCAUUCGGAUAUCGUGCGAGUCCUGCAGACGCUCGAGCACGACGCACAGACCAACGACAUCCUCCAGGAGCUGAUCAAGACGUGCCGCACUAAUGCCGCUGGAGCACCGGGGGCACCAGAGAGCAGCCCUCAACUCAUCCCGAGAGGAUGUGGCUCCUCGGUUCAGCACAAACCCGCCGACAGCAUGCACUCGGACCCGUACAGCUCCAACCCCUUCAGGCCCGUGGUCAUAGACGGCAGCAACGUAGCUAUAAGCCACGGGAACAAGAAGGUGUUUUCAUGCCGGGGGAUCCAGCUGGCCGUGCAGUGGUUUUGGAACAGGGGGAUUCGUGACAUCACAGUGUUCGUGCCUCUGUGGAGGAAAGAGCAGUCAAGACCUGAGACUCCCAUUACAGACCAGCACAUACUGGAUGAUCUGGAGCGCCGGAACAUCCUGGUGUACACGCCCUCGCGCUGCGUUAACGGCAAGCGCGUGGUAUGUUACGAUGAUCGCUACAUCGUCAAGCUGGCCCACAACUCGGACGGCAUCAUAGUGUCCAAUGAUAAUUACCGCGACCUGCAGGUGGAAAACGCCAAGUGGAAGAAGUUCAUCGAGGAGAGGCUGCUCAUGUACACGUUCGCCAAUGACAUAUUCAUGCCACCUGAUGACCCACUUGGGAGAAAUGGGCCCACCAUUGAGAACUUCCUGAGAAAGAAACCUUUAACACCUGAGCCAAAGCUUCAACACUGCCCUUAUGGAAAGAAGUGCACGUACGGGGUGAAAUGCAAAUUCUACCACCCUGAGCGCUCCAACCAACCACAGCUUUCUGUAGCUGACGAACUGCGAGCGAAGACCCAGCCAUCCAGCAUAACCGAGGAACUUCCUCCGUCCGACUACCAGACCGGCACUGUGUUAAAUCACGACCAGCUGACUCGAGCUCUCUCCGGUCUCGAUCUCUACUCCUCCCCGACUGAAGCUCAAAACUCCAUGUACUUGAAGAGAUCUCUUCCAGCUUUGUGCAAGAGCAUUAAAAGUGACCAGGCCUACGGCUCCCUCGAGAGCUCCAUCUCCCGGCCUUAUCUCAGUGACUCCGCCCUGCAGACCUCUCUAGCCUACAGCAGCGGGUGUGAUUCUGGAAGCAGCAGUGAUUACUUUCUGUCUGGAGGUUCUAACAUGCAGCACAGACGGGCACGUACUCCCGACAUACCCUCCCGCAGCUACAGCCCUGACCUCCACGCACUCUCUGGUUGCCGACACACACACUCCGAUAUCAGCCUUGGCUACGCUCACUUGCUUUACCCAAACCAUGGAUAUCAACACCACUCCCCGUAUAACAACAGCAACGCACCUUUUUGCAACGAAGCUCUACCUUAUCCUCAGGUGACACCCAGUCAACUCAGGGUACCGGACAUGACCUGGAGUCAAGGCCACGGCGAAGUCAUGGACAGAGAGACGGACAGGAGGAGGGAUGUGAGGUCUCAGCUCAGCACAAUUUUCCCUCAAAGCAUUGUGGACCAGGUCAUGAGCUUAUAUCCACACACGCUGGAUACUAAAGAGCUCGUCAUGCUGAUCCAGAAAUACAAGAACAGUGCCUUACUUUAAACUGAGAAUUAAAGCAAAAACAUUUAGCGCGGCAAACGCCAGAGAAUAGUUCUGGCUUGUCUCAUCCGGUCUAUCAAAGACACGUGAUCGACAGGAACUGGUUUAGUGAGAUUUUUUAGCCAGAGGCUGUUCUGCUGGGAAAUCAUAUGAAAUUCACAGUAUUACAGCUGUGUUGCUUAAACGUGUCCCGUGGUUAACCUGGACUAACGAACUAAUCUCCCGCUUCAAAUAUGUCACCUAAAAGUGUCCCCAAUCUCAAAUCACUUCUAGUUCGACAGCAUUAUCACACAGAUUUGCGGAUUCUUGGAAACGUCACCAUGUAGCUAAGAGCAGCAGUUUUUGACCACUUUUUUGUUUGUUUGUUUUUGUCUCCUCCAACAAAAUGUAGGUUGGUACAUUCCACCUCCACAUUAUUAUGGAAUGCUGUGAAUCAUAUACUGUACAUCCAAAUUAUACAAUGCAGUAGGUUUCUUCUAUUAAAAUAAUAGGGACAGUUUUCUGGCCACGAGCUUUAGAAUCCUGAACGCUGAUGUUCUGUAGUCGGUCAGUAAACGACCUCUUUCUGUGAAAGUGGGUGUCUCCUGGGCGGAGCAGGACUGUGAUGAGACAGCGGUACUAGUGAUAGAUUAAUGUCGUAGCUAAAACUGAAGAGAAUGCUGGUUAAAGUUUAUAUUAUUUCAUCAUUAUAUCAAUACUAUAUAACACAAUAUGGUGUGUGCGUGUGUAUAUAUGUAUGUGUUUGUGUGUCAAACUCCUAAUACUGUAAUAGGACAAGAUGAAUGUAAGAGCCGGGACGACGCUCCCUCCUUAGGCGCCCGGUUUGCUGUAAUUACUAUCCUGUACUAGUAGCUUUUUUAAAAUGUGAACAUGAAGGUUGACUUUUUCUGAGAGGAAACGUUGUCUCGCCUGACUCGGGACGACGAGUUUAUGAGGAGAACGUCGACGUGAGACGAACCAGAGACUGGUUCAUUGUCACAAAUGCAACUUUAAAAAAGAAAAUAAGUAAGUCAAGAAUGACUGAUCCCCCCCAAAAAAAAAACAACUUUGCAUCCUCAAACUGAGGAGUGUGACUACUAGCUGAAAAGUCAUGUAGCUAAAAUUAGCAAAUUCCUUAUUGCUGUUUGUGUUUUUCCAAAAGUGCUUUAAACAUUUUUUUUACAACCUAAUAAUAAAAAAUAAAAAUAAAAAGUUCUAAACAAA